AUGGCAAUGCACGAGACAACGCAAGUAGACAUUGAAUUUGGUAUAUCAGACUCAAUUCCUCUUACUAGUGAUCCAGAUAUUGAUGAAAUAGGGUCAAAGGCUUCUAUCGUUCUAGCUUACACUCAAAGUUUAGACUUGCAGCCUCCACUUGUCGUGAUUUCUGUCCUUGGGACGCUUUUGCUAUUGUUUGGUGGUACUUUUCGGCCUAUUUUCCUAGUUUUUACUAUUUGUGGCUAUGGUACUGUCUUUUCUAUCUAUUUAUCACACUGGGUACUAUCAAAGGAUUCAGGAACGGCUGAAAUGAAACAAGUUGCGACUCCUAUUCGUGAAGGAGCAGAAGGGUUUCUAAAGAUUCAGUAUACAGCCAUUGGUCGUAUUGCAAUUGUUAUUGCAGGUUUAAUCUUCUUUAGUUAUGCACUACGACCGACUAGUCUAUUAACCUCAGGUGUGGAAAAACUUGGCAAUUUGACACUUGGAAUCGUCUCGUCUUUGGCUUUUCUAGUUGGUGCUGUGUGUUCUGCUUCUGCUGGAUAUGUGAGUAUGUGGGUAUCAGCAAGAUCUAAUAUUCGUGUAACAAGUGCUGCACGUGGCUCUUAUGGAGACGCGUUGCUCGUGUGUUUUCGAGGUGGCGCUUUCUCAGCCGUGUUAGACAUUACACUUUGUGUUGGUGGAGUAACCUCACUCUACGUGACGCUUUAUAUGUUAUUUGGAUCGGUCUUACGUCCAACAGAAAUCCCAUUGCUGAUGGUGGGGUACGGAUUUGGUGCAUCGUUUGUGGCGCUCUUUAUGCAGCUUGGUGGCGGUAUUUACACAAAGGCAGCUGAUGUAGGAGCUGACCUAGUGGGAAAAGUGGAAGUGGGAAUUCCAGAGGAUGAUCCACGUAAUCCAGCGGUGAUUGCCGAUCUCGUAGGAGAUAUGGUGGGCGAUUGUGUCGGUAGUAGUGCUGAUGUGUUUGAGUCCGUUGCUGCUGAGAUCAUUGGUGCCAUGAUUCUAGGAGGCACGCUGGCACGUGAAGCACAGCUACCACACCCUGUCGCGUUUGUCUUCUUCCCCGUGGUUGUACACGCUUUCGACAUUGUCGUCAGUAGUGCUGGCAUAUUGAUGGUGAGAGCUCCCUCGGAUGUUGAAGCUUCGCGUCCCGAUCACAACCCGAUGGCUACGUUGCAAGCUGGCUACAAUGUAUCCCUUGUCCUAGCAUUAAUCGGGUUUGGCUUUACAACGCGUUGGCUCCUUUAUACGGCUGAACAUCCAAUGGCAUGGAUGAACUUUUUCCUUUGUGGAGUUGUCGGUAUGCUUACAGCGUACGUGUUCGUGAAGUCAACACAAUAUUUUACUGACUACGCCCACCCUCCCGUACGUAGCAUUGCUAAGGCCAGCACCACGGGCCAUGGCACUAAUAUCAUUACCGGCGUAGCUGUCGGCAUGAAGUCUACCGUCGUACCCACUCUCAUGGUGAGUUUCGCUGUAAUUGCAGCCUACCACUUGGGUUCCAGCUCUGGUAUUGGUGGCCAAGGUAGCCGUCAUGCUGGUCUGUUUGGGACCGCGGUGGCAACCAUGGGCAUGCUUUCCUCGGCAGUGUUCGUGCUGGCUAUGAACAACUACGGCCCCAUUGCCGAUAACGCGGGAGGCAUUGCCGAGAUGAGCCGUCAGCCGGACUACGUGCGCGAUGCUACCGACAAGCUAGACGCUGCUGGUAAUGUUACUAAGGCGAUUACUAAGGGAUACUCGAUUGGAUCCGCCGCCUUAGCUUGUUUCGUGCUGUUUGGCGCUUUCAUGGAUGAGUUCUCGGAGUUUGCGGGGCGUGAGUUCAAGACGGUGGAUAUUGCUACAGUUGAGGUUCUGGUCGGUGGUCUACUGGGUACAAUGAUGGUGUUUUUCUUUACCGGCCUAGCUGUUGCGGCUGUAGGCGAGACUGCUGGAGAGGUAGUAAAUGAGGUGCGCCGCCAGUUUGAGCUGUAUCCGGGUAUUAUGGAGUACAAGGCAAAGCCAGACUACCGCAGGUGUGUUGCACUCGUCACGAAGGCUGCUUUGAAGCAGAUGCGCUUUCCUGGUCUACUGGCUGUGCUCAUGCCAAUCUCUGUUGGACUUGUCUUCCGUGUGAUUGGCGAGUACCAGGGCAAGCCGCUUCUCGGUGCUGAGGUCCUUGCUGGCUACCUUAUGUUUGGUACGGUGACUGGCAUUAUGAUGGCCUUGUUCCUAGACAACGUUGGCGGUGCUUGGGACAACGCAAAGAAGUAUGUUGAGCUUGGAAACUUUGGAGGCAAGGGCAGUGAGGCCCACAAGGCUGCUGUCACUGGAGAUACUGUGGGUGACCCGUUUAAGGACACGGCCGGUCCGGCGCUACAUGUGGUCAUCAAGCUGCUGUCUACAACAGUGCUGGUGUUUGGUCCGCUGUUUGUUUCGCGCGAGUAG